GGUCUGCAGUUAUGGGAAAGAGGAAACGCACUGAGCCUCAAGAAGGUCAACAAGAUGUUCGUCUGCUACCACAGAAAAGAUUCUACAGGCAGCGGGCCCAUGCAAAUCCGUUCUCAGACCAUAGUUUAGAGUAUCCACCGGAUCCGGAUUCAUUCGAUCUUGCAAGUCUAUACCCGGCAUAUAUCGACUCUAGAAAGCGCCCCGAGUUCGCUGACAUUGGCUGUGGCUUUGGUGGUCUAUUAAUCGCUCUUGCGCCGCUAUUCCCUGAUACAUUAAUCCUUGGGAUGGAGAUUCGUGUGCAAGUGACAAAAUAUGUUGAAGACAGAAUAACCGCCCUUCGAUUGACGGAGGACACUCAACCACCACCACCCUCCCCAGAUCAUCAAGAGAUCGGGAAGGGCCCAUAUCAAAAUGUCGCGGUCAUUCGGGCGAAUGCUAUGAAAUUCCUCCCUAACUACAUGCACAAGGGCCAACUAUCAAAGAUGUUCUUCCUCUUUCCCGACCCUCAUUUCAAGGCGCGAAAGCACAAGGCACGUAUCAUUUCGCCUACACUUCUCGCAGAGUAUGCAUACGUCCUACGACCUGGCGGCAUUAUCUAUACCAUCACGGACGUCAAGGACUUGCAUGAUUGGAUGAACGAGCACCUCUCCGCAUUCCCUCUUUUUGAACGGGUUGAAGAAGACGAGCUUCGGAAAGAAGGCCAUGGACCUGUUCUAGAUGCAGUAAUAACGUCGACGGAGGAAGGAAAGAAAGUGGAGAGAAAUAAAGGUGAGAAAUGGAUGGCAUGUUUCCGUAGAAUAGAAAGUCGGCGGAGUUGAAAAUUCCGAGCAUUGUGUGCAUGCACUAGUUUCUAUCCUGUAUUUCACCGCAUUCAUGGCAGAUUGACGCUGUGGGACACGUCCUUUUGUUGGAACAUCAAUUAAAUAUUAUUUCC